AGGUCUACUGUAGAUCUCACCGCCGACAGAGAACCAAUAGUCCUCUUAACAACUAUUCCACAAAAAUAAGUAUGCUCUCCGCUUUUAGAUUUUCUGCAUCUUUAUUCAUCCUGCCUCCUCUCCUCUUGUUUGCCGCCGUCGAGCAAACAGCGAACGCCGCAGAGCGGGACGCAAAGUGGCCACAGCCGGAGCCGCGGACCAGACCAGCCACAGCCGCCGCCAGCAAGCUGACAAAACACUCUCAACAGAACGAAACGUACCGGAACGCAGAGAAUCAACGGAGGAACUCUUCUGCUUCUUGGAUGGACAGCGUGUUUUUGAAACCAAGGACCCGGAAUCGAGAAAAACAAACAAAAAAAUGUUUAAUGAGGACGAGGACUGGAGUGACGAACAAGAGGGACGAAUCCUGAGCAAAGCUGUCUUCAAAACGUCCCCGAAGGCGAACAGCAGCCUACAUCUACAGUCCAGUGUUGGGAGGAAGAGUCUGCUGCGGACCCUGGAGACUCUGGGGUCAACACCAGACUGGAGGAGAGGCGAGCAGGAGCAGGACAGCGGCAGUGAGACAGAGGUCCCUUCAUCACCCAGCAAGAAGAAGAGGAAGAAAAGGAGGAAACACGGAGAGCAGUCAGAGGAGAGGCAGGAAGGAGGAGACGAACCUCAAGCUGUCAAAGAGAAACCUGAGCUGAAGAAGAAGAAGAGGGAAAACAAACCAGAGUUACUAACUGUAGCCCCAAAAGCACCAAGGAUGCCUUCAGGGGAGACAGAAGUUGAAAAAGUUCCAGAACCUUCGCUAGAGACUGUAGACAAACAUCAAGGCCUAGAGAGGCUGAGCAGGCAGCAGUGGAGAAACAAGAUGAAGAAUAAGAAGAGAUCCAAGAACAAGUUCCGCCAGAACAAACCCGAGGACGCUGCAGACGGAGCUCGAACCGCCGAUAAACGGGAACCAACAGAAGACGUCAAAAAAGAUCCACACAACGGGGAAAACCUCAGCAAGAUGGCAAACCGGAAACGAAAGAAGGAGAAGGUGAAAAGGACGAACACGGAGAGAGAGGCAGACGGACGCAGCGCGGUGAGAGGGCGAAACCAGCCGGAGAAGUUAAAAAGUGGACCUGAAGGCUCUGCUGAGGGAUUAGAACACGGAGCAGGUGAAGUUCUGGUGGCGAGCACCGACCGACAGAAACCCGAGCUGAGCAGGGAGCGGAGUCUGAAAAGGCAGAAGCUGCAGAAGAUCCUCCUCCGCCAGGAAAGGGUCAGCGCCGAGGGUCCAGCAGAGAGGACGGAGAUGGAGGCGGCGGUUCCGGUGGCGGCGGUUCCGGUGGCGGCGGUUCCGGUGGCGGCGGUUCCGGAGGCGGCGGUCCCGGCGGCGGAGCAGAGCCGCUCCGACUCCCUCAGGUCCCGCAUGGAGCAGCGCCUGGAGGCGGCGCGCUUCCGCUACAUCAACGAGCGUCUGUACAGCACGGCGAGCGGCGAGGCCAGGCGCAUGUUCCAGCAGGACCCAGAGGCAUUCUGGGUGUACCACAGAGGAUACACGGCACAGGUCCAGAGGUGGCCCGCCAACCCGCUGGACGCCAUCAUCGCUUACAUCCACAAGAGGUCACCUUCCCUGGUGGUGGCGGACUUCGGAUGCGGUGACUGUAAGAUCGCGCGCAGCGUGAAGAACAAAGUGCACAGCUUUGACCUGGCUGCCGCCUGUGACCUCGUCACCGUCUGUGACAUGGCCAAAGUGCCUCUCGGUGACGGCUCUGUGGACAUCGCCGUGUUCUGCUUGUCCCUCAUGGGGACCAACCUGGUGGAAUUCCUGGCAGAAGCCAACCGCGUCUUGAAAAUGAGGGGCGUCCUGAAAGUUGCAGAAGUCGCGAGCCGAUUCGACAACGUGCAGAGCUUCACCUCUGCACUCGCAGGCCUGGGUUUUAAGUUGACAUCCAAGGAUACAGAAAACAGUCACUUCUUCUCCUUCCAGUUUGUGAAGACAGGAAAUGUUCCCCAAAACGUGAAGAAAUUGAGACUGCAGUUAAAGCCUUGUCUGUACAAGAAAAGAUGAGGACAGUGGAGAAGUCGAUGUGUAAAAUGUUGCUGGACGUCAGCAGGUCAUUUGACUGACCGAACCUCUGGGCUUCCUGUAGUCGGCAGGACUACAGGCGGACGAUUGGCUGCAGUUUCGAUACAGAAACAGAAAAUGACCCCAAACUCUUCAUAUUUAGUUUCCUUUUACUAAUGUAUUGGUGGAAUGUGUCUUUGACCUGAAGAAACCCAAAAACGCAGGCUGGCAUAAACUGAAGAAAAGCCAAACUUCCUUUGUGUUUAACUAAAACGCUACAGCUGGUAUUCAACCAAGACUGCACAAACAUUUCAUGUUACAAAAAGAUUUGUAAACACAGAAUAAAUAUCUGCCAUUAUUGUU